UGAUGAUGCAGGAAAGAGGAUAAAAAGAGAGAUCGAUGCGUAUAUCAACACGACAACGACUGCUCAAAUGGGAAGGAGACAGAUGUUGAUUCCGGCACCAGGAACUUUGAAUACGAUCACACCGUGUGCGGCGUGUAAGUUGCUAAGAAGAAGAUGUGCAGAAGAGUGUCCCUUUUCUCCUUAUUUUUCCCCUCAUGAACCUCAUAAGUUUGCUGCUGUUCACAAAAUAUUUGGUGCAAGCAACGUCUCAAAGUUGCUCAUGGAAGUGCCUGAAAGCCAAAGAGCAGAUGCAGCAAAUAGUUUGGUAUAUGAAGCAAAUGUGAGGCUAAGAGAUCCAAUCUAUGGCUGCAUGGGUGCUAUUUCCGCAUUACAACAACAAAUCCAAUCUUUACAAGCUGACCUCAAUGCAGUUCGGUCCGAAAUUUUGAGAUAUAAAUAUAGAGAAGCAGCUGCCAACACUCAUGACCUCAACAUUAUUGCGUCUACUUUGGUUUCUUCCGGCCCCAUCACAGCGGCUCAUCAGCUCUCAACCAUCCCAGCACCGCCUACACCGCCGCCACCACAACCGUCCAUUGUCAUCUCUUCUUCCUCCUCCUCGUCGUCUUCAUCAUCAUCUUCGUCUUCUGUUCAUCUUUACGGGAUCCCUUCUAGCACUUCCGGUUAUAGUACUAGUACUAAUAUUCCUAAUAAUAAUAAUGUAUCAAGUUACUUUGCUUGAUAAUUUUAUA